AGGAAUUCUCCUGCUUGCCACCUCGCGUCCUUUGACUUCUUUUCUAGCUAUCACCUACUGCACUUCCCCCUGCGUCCCGCUCUCUCCUAGCCGACCCAGGGCUGGAGAGCACAGCUUUGGCUGGCAAAGGUUAUUCUCAUUUUGUAGAAGAGAAAACUAAUGCUCACUGUGGCUAAGAGGUGUCCAUGUCGGGUGUCUCCCAAGACUAAGAACGGCUUAUGAGAAGUUGUUGUGGACGCCACUUAUAAAUCCAUUUACCAAAUUUAUGGAGAAAUCUGCAAUUGAUGGAAGUCAUUCAGAAAAACUAUGUCCUCAUUUUAAAAGUACCCCAGAGAAUGAACGUUUAUUGCAGCCUGCCAGUGAAAGUCAUCUCAGCUGUGGAAAGCAGGACAUCCUAAAUGAAAAGACUGAACUGGAAGCAACAUUUAAGGAAGCUGAAUUGGCAACCUGUUCUGUAGAAUUAUUUUUGCCAUUAUUUAAGGAUACCGUUGAAGAGAUUAGUUUUGAAAAUGCUAAUCUUUUUGCAUUCAAUUUGAAGAUUGCUAAACAGAAGGAAAAAUUAACAAAAGAAUUAGACACUUUUAAACAUGUAAAACAAGCUUUAGAACAUCUUCUUAGAAAGACAGAAUACCAACAAGUAGGGGACAGUUUAUCCAGCAUGUUAGAGAAGCUAACUGAUAAUGACAAUGAAAAUAUUAAUCUUAAGAAGAAGCUACUUGAAAAGGAGACCUAUAUUCAAGAACUUUCUUGUUUGUUUCAGAAUGAAAAGGCAAAUGCUUUGAAAGCAAACCGUUUUUCACAAUCAGUAAAAGUAGUACAUGAACGACUACAGCUCCAAAUUCGUAAAAAGGAAGCAGAGAAUGAUAAAUUAAAAGAAUAUAUAAAGAGCUUAGAAACCAAGAUAACUGAAUGGAACUUAGAACUGAGAAAGAAUAAGCAUGAAGCUGUAGCAAUGAAAGAAUCAAGUAGGCAAAAAACUAUAGCUCUAAAAAAGGCAUCUAAAAUUUACAAACAAAGGCUUAAACACUUUACUGGAGACAUGGAAAACCUUACUUCCCAAAUUAGAGAUCGGGAAGCCAAGCUGUCCGAAACAAUUUCAGCUUCCAAUACCUGGAAAAGUCAUUAUGAGAAAAUUGUAAUAGAAAAAACUGAAUUGGAAGUUCAGAUUGAAACAAUGAAAAAGCAAAUUACUAAUCUUUUGGAAGACCUGAAGAAAGUAGAAGACGUUGGUAAAAAUUCAUGUGAAGAAAUUCUUAGAAAACUUCACUCAGUUGAAUAUGAAAAUGAAACUCUGAAUCUUGAGAAUACAAAAUUAAAGACUACCCUUGCUGCUUUGAAGGAUGAGGUUGUUUCUGUCGAAAAUGAACUCUUAGAAUUGCAAGAAGUAGAAAAACAACAGAAAGCCCUUAUUGAAGUAUAUAAAACUCAGAUACAAAAGUUGCAAGAAGCAGCUGAAAUGGUGAAAAGCAGAUGUGAAAAUUUGCUACAUGAAAAUAACCUAAUAACAAAAAACAAAAAUAAAAAGUUAGAGAAGAUGAGAGGCCAGACGGAAUCUCAUCUGAAGGAGUUAGAGCACGUCUGCGAUUCGGUGACGGCGGCGGAACAGAGGCUUCACGAGUGUCAGGAGAGUGUGCAGCACUACAGGGAGAGAUGUGUGGACAAGGUGCACACCGUUAGGGAGCUUCAGGGCCAGGUUGAUGGAAAUCAUAAUCUUCUAAAAAAGCUUUCUUUGGAAGAGGAAAAUUAUCUUAUUCAGUUGAAGUGUGAAAACCUUAAACAAAAAUUAGAACAGAUGGAUGCAGAAAAUAAAGAGCUUGAAAAGAAACUGGCAAACCAAGAAGAAUGUCUUAAGCACAGCAAUCUUAAGUUUGAAGAGAAAUCUGCAGAACAUACAGCAUUGGCCAGACAGCUGGAAGCUGCUUUAGAAGAAGGAAGACAAAAGGUUUCUGAAGAAAUAGAGAAAAUGUCAUCUAGAGAGAGGGUUUUACAGAUUAAAAUAUUAGAUCUGGAAACUGAGCUUAGAAAGAAAAAUGAAGAACAAAGUCAACUUGUUUGCAAAAUGAACAGUAAAGCACAACACCAGGAAGUAUGUUUGAAAGAAAUACAACAUAGUCUUGAAAAGUCGGAGAAUCAAAAUGAGAGUAUUAAGAAUUAUUUACAGUUUCUUAAAACUUCUUAUGUAACAAUGUUUGGAUAAAUUGUUGGAUUUAUUUUCUAUAAGCGAUAGGAUUUUACUUUAAGUCUAAAACAUGAUUGGGUAAUAAAUAAACUUUAAUUUACGGGU